ACUACAAGGGUAAGAGAAGAAAAGAAGAAAAGAAACAGUCUGUGCGUAGAAGGGGCUGUGAUUAGAACAGUGAAUCAUGUUGUCUGUGAUGGGAUGAACAACCCAUUAGAACAAGAAAAUGGUGUUAGUCAGACAUAUAGAAUCUGAGGAUGCUGACUGGCCUCUGAUUGCUAUUGGAGAGUAAACAUUUGUUAGGGCCCUCUGAACAAGCAGAGAUAGGCCCUAGAUACAUUGACAGAAUCCCCGAAUUGUGUCUAUGACGAUGGGGCCAUUACAUCAAAACCAUUUAGACUGAGACUGGGUGACAUGAUAAUGUAUUGAUCCCGUCAUGAUGGAUGGUUGAGGAAGAUAUAAAAGUGAAGUUCCCAGUCAGGGUAAGAUAGUACAGUCCAGAGCCACCUAAGCUAUUGUCAUCAUGCUGUCCUUAGCACUGUUCUACAUUUUGGCUGUUAUUUGCUCUGCCAGACGGACGCAUGCUCUACCACUGUAUCCAGACACAAGCUUGGAACCUCAAGAAGAGCUGAUCCAGAAGUUGGUGGCAGAGGUGGAGGAUGGAGAGAACGCUGAGCUGACUGACCAGAGAGAGGUGAAGAAUCUCUACCCUCUCCUGAUGCAGCGCAGUGGCGCCAGGGGUACAUGGAAUAAAGCAGGAGCUAAAGAUUCUGUGCAGCAGGAUAAAUUUGUCAACAUGGUUGAUGAUCUGAAGGCGGUGGUGUUGAAGCUCGCUGCAGCCGACAAGCUUCGCUCUCAGGGCUUCCUUCGGUCUGAGCAGAAUUUACCGAAAACCAACAAGAGAGCUUGCUUCUGGAAAUACUGUGUGACAAACUAGAAGCUGUGUGCUGGAGGAGAAUAAGAUAAUUUUUGACGAUACCUGGACAAGAACACCUUCUCACCACCCUCACCCCAAGCUGUGUCCCUUAUUAAAUAUUCAAAUUACAGCCCCAAGACAAUGUUCAUACAUAGAAACCUAGAGUAAAUGAUUGGUAGGAAAUAUAUUUUUUAACCCAGUUGAAAAUGGCCUUGCAUUGAG